CGGGUGCAGCUGAAGGGCCUGCUCCGGAGCCUGGUCAGGGCUGCGCAGUCAUGAUCACUGAGGCGGCGGCGGAGCCCGUGGUCCCUGUGGUGCCGGCUGCUGAGGCGGCCACCGAAGCUCCGGGACGCGAGGACUCGGCGUGGCCCUGGAAAGACGCCCCGAUCCAGACGCUGGUGCAGCGCAUCCACCAGCUGCAGGCUGAGCGCGCGCAGGGCUUCCGCCGACUGGAGGAAGGCCACCGCCACUACCUGCGCAGCAGCCCGGACUACGACUUCGCGCGCUACCGGAGCACAGUGCACGAGGUGACCCAGGCUUUCGCCGCCGCCUCGCGGGAGGUGUUGGCGGUGGAAGCAGAGCUGGCCGGGCCUCGCAGGCAGCCGCUGCUCGCCAGCCACGUGCGCAGCCUACAGCAGUUGGAGCAGACUCGGCUGGGCACGGUGGCCCUGCUGCAGCUGAUGGAGACGCCAGAGGUGGUGGAGCAGAAGGACACGGCACAGAUGCACCAGCUGAAAAUGAAGGUAAUUAAAACCAUGGAGGCGAUCAGCGAGGUUCUCCAGGAUCUCAGGUUUGAUGCGGAAUCUGCUGAGUGAUGGAGGCUCCCCAGGGACGGAGGGAGAUGGGAAACGGGGCGGAUGGCGCCCAGCCCAGCCCUGACUGCCAGCUGGCUGGGGUCGUGCCCCACUGCGCUGCUGACCUUCCUGCAUUUUAGACACCUCCCACAAUAAAGAGUUCUUCCUCUUCA